AUGGCUCGAAAGGAAAAUUAGAUCAUGAUGAACGACAGCAUUCAAUUAACUCUUUCGAAGUCUCAGUUUGAAGAAUAACUGCUUCAGAUUAGGUAAAAAAUAGAGAGUUAAUAAUUUCCUCGCCAUUGCGUAGUAGCAGCUUUUGAACAACUCAAACUUUAAGCUAAGACUCUUUUAACCCGUCGCCUAAAUAACAAUAACAAUUACAGCAAUUAAUAAACUCAAAAUUAAGUAGGAUCUUCCAGUUCAAGCAACUAGUGCUAAUUGGAUGUAGAUUCCCAUUUAUUCAAGUUGUUUUAAGAAAUUUCGUAACAAGUUAGCGCAAUUUAACAAUAGAUACCUUACCAAACAUGCAAUCCCACUAAUUAAAAUGCAUAAUAAUCUUCUAAGUAGGUAUGCAACAAUAAUUCUGCAAGUUUUAAUUUAUUUUCGAAUAACAUUUGGGAGGGAGAUAAGCAUUCCUUUGAUUCAGGAAGCACGGUCUCCUAUUUCCAUGAUGAAGCUAAAGCUGAGACAGGGGAUGAACAUCUUUUUCAUGGAUUUUUUGAAGAUGAGCAUAACUCCGACAGCUAUAACCAAAAAUUAAAUACCAGCGGAAGUAAUUCAUAUAGUAAUAAUUACAACUAAAUCUAUAGCAUUGAUUUGGCUAAUUAAAAUAACAAUCGCACAAAUAAACAGUUUCCUAUCAUCAACUAAUUCAGUGCCAGUUAAUAAAACAGUUUAUGGGGAGAUAUCCUUAAUGAAUAAAGAUAGAUUGGCAAUAACAGUGAAGUUAUUGCUAAAAAUAAUAUCAUUUCUACUUUUGCAAAUAAUGUUGAAAAUAUAUGUCAAAAUAAUGGUUCAGCUGGCUACUAAAGCAAAGACAGAAGUCCCAUUAAUAACUUUGGAGAUGCAUCAGCAGAAGAAUUCUUUGAUGAAGAUGAUGACGAAGAAUAAAAUGAUUAAUAAAUGCCUCCAAUAGGCACAAAAACUUAUUCUUCAAAUUCUUUGAAAGGAAUUAUUACAACUAAUAACGCAGUUUCUUCCUCAAUUACAAACAUUAAAAAAGGAAAAAAAGCGAAUCUAAUGCACAAUUUAAAAAAUUAACUUAAAAAAACAAACUGUUGUAACUUCGAUACUAAUGACGAUGAGGACGAAGACGAAGAAGAGUAUGAAGAAUACCAAGAAUACUUUCACUAAGGAGAUACAGGGAAUAAUAAUGGUGAGAAAUUGAAUCACUAGGGUAAUGACAAGAUGUUUUAAGUUCAAAAAAUAGAAGAAAAUUAGAAAAGCUCAAAAGCCAACAACAAUGUAAAUGAACACUCUAACUUUUUAGAAAGCCCAACAAGAAAUAAUCCAAAUUCAGCCAAUUAAUUUGAUCCAAAAUUAUUUGAUUCACUCAAUCAAAAGAUAAGUUUCUCUAGCGUUGGAGGAGGGGGUUUUAAUUAUGAAGAUUUAAAAAAUGAUGGAGUAGAAAAAUUAGAAUAAGAAGACAAUUUUGGAGCAAAAUUAACUGGUAGUGGAUAAGGCAUCCGUUAAUUUUAAUUUUAAUAGAAUUCUUUAUCGAAUUACACUCCAGAUUAAAAAAAUAUCUCUUAAACAGGCUAGUUUAAUACUUAAUCAUAAUUAAAUUAACUACAAACGAACCUCAACUCAGAGCUCUAAAAUUAUAUCUAGUGUGAAGAAAAUUAGAAGCUGGAAAAAAAUGAUUCAGAAGAAAAAGGGCUUUAAUAAGAUGAAGAAUUCAUCAAUGAGAGUGAUUAUGAUGAAUAUGAUGAAGAAGAUGAAACUUAUAAUUCUAAUUUAGAUGUUGUUGGCUAAAGGGAAAGUUUUUAGGAGGGAGAGAAGCUUAAUUUCAUGGCAAGCUAGCGCAUUCACUAUUACAAAACAGAGGAUUUUAAUGAGAUUUUGAACGAGCGUAGUCCAUCUUUUGAACAACACUGCGAAAAUGUGCGCAAUAUUAUCAUGACUAUGUCAAAUAACUACGGAGGUUUGAUAAUGUUUGGGCUAGGAAAGAAUAAGCUAGUCCAAGGAAUAACUCUUAGUUAAAAAGAAAAGUAAGACUUUAUAAAAUUUAUGACAAACAUAAAAAAUAGUAUCCAUAAUUCUAAGCAGUUAUUUUGUAAGGUGUCUUACUUUCCCAUCUAUCGUUUAAAUUCACAACCUUAACCUUUAAACACAAAUAACUCAAAUUAAAAAGAAAAUUUGUAGUCUCCCUUUAAUUAGCAAUAAAAUAUUAAGCCAUAAGCCCCCACCACUAAUACAACUACUCAUUUUAAGCUAUUUGAUUAAGCUCCCCCAGCUGAUUUCUCUUUAUUUAGUGAAAACCCCAAUAGUAGCAGUAAUAAUUAUCCUCCUCUUCUUCUCUUUGAUUCUGAUAGUCAAAAUGAGCAAGAUAUUCUUUUUACUCCAUUUUACUCAUCAAUAGACCCUAAAAAGAAUAUAUAUGCAUCAAACGCAGGCACUAAUUUUUAUUACGGCGGCUAAAAUGAUAUUAAUAAUAAACCUGGUUCAAAUGCAGAGUCUUCAUUUUAAUAGAGCUGGAACUUUUAAACAUCAAAUUGGUCUCUUGAAACAAGCUAAAAUAGCAAAAGAAAGUGCUCUGGAGAUACUAAGCAAUGGAUUCCCGAUAAAUAUAUUAUUAGAGUGUUUGUAGAUUAAGGUUAAAAACUUGAUGCAACAUAUGUUUAUAUAAAAAACAAAGAAAUCACUAGUGCUAUUUAUGACAAAAAGCUAAAAAUUUUCAAACCUAUUUACGGGGAGCCUUUACUCAAUAAGAUACUUUCUAAAGCUUAGAAUCCUAGCAUUCAGGCAUAAAAGCUGAAUCUAGCUGAACCAGAUAAAGAAGGCUUGUAAGCAAGUUGCCCAUUUGCUUAGUAAUAACAGUUGUAAGCAUAGCAAUAGUAAUAGCAAGCAGCAAAUUAUCAAAACAGUAGUUUAGAAAAACCUUUCAACUUACUUUCUACUUACAUUAGCAAUAAUUAAAUGCAAUCAAAAGUUCCAUAAUAAAUUAAUUUGGCAUCUCCUAUAAACCCUCCAGGUUUAAGUGUAAAGUGCACCAAAGAAUCUAACUUAAACGAAGAAUGUUCCUCUAUUGUUAGUGAAACUUUUAAGGUUGAAGAAUGCUAAAAAGAAUUAAACAACUCUAACAGCCCUCCCUUAACUUAAGAAUACAUCAAACAAAAGAGAGGAUUAAAAAUUUUGAACGAUUCUAAAAAGAGAUAAAUAAAAGAAAAAAAUUAGAAAAAAAGUUAGUAAAAUCUUUCUAGUAAAUCAAAUUCAAGAGAAAGCUAUUCAAAUUUAUCAGAUGAUAGUAAAAUAAUUCCUAUUGUUAAGUAUAAUUUAAUAGAAUUUAUAGGUUUUGAACAUUCUGAUAAUGCUAAAGCUUUUAGAGAUUAAAUAGAAAGACAAAUAGGAGCUUGCUAAGUUGAGUGUGGUAUUGCAAAAUAUGAUACUUUAUUUUUUAAGGUUAAUGAUUCCUUUUCUUCUAACCAAUAAAAUAAAGAUUAAGCUGAUAUCUUGAUUAAACAAAACUCUCAAAAGCAAUAACAAUUAAGCAAAAAAUCUAAUUAAUACAAUAAUGCUAUGUUUGGAGGUAAUGGAAACAAUAAUAUCAACCUUAGCACCAAUACCGGAUUUCUUAAUAAUAACAUAUAUGGUGUAAACAACCUCAACAAUAAUUUAGAAAACGCUAUCUUUGUAAACAACAACAACUCAUCUAAUCUCUCUUAUGUAGAAAAGCAAUAUGAGUGGAUGGAGAAGCUCUACAGCUACCUAAUAACAGGAGAUUAUUGGAAAUAACUAAUCUAAAAAGAGAGAAUUUUCAAAAAACUUGUAAUUGAUGGAACAGACUAUUAUACUGAGGAGAGCAACCAAUGGCUAUGCUUCUAAAAUGUGAAAAACAAAAACAAUUUUACUUCUCAAAUAACUCAGUUACUAUAGAAAAAUGUACUUGAAAGAGUAAAUUUAUAUCACCAACAUGUAUUUGUUAUAAAUAAAUACAAAGAAUUUGAAAAGUUUAGUUCUUCCAACAAACAAUUCUAGCAGUGUUUCCUUUCAGAUAUUAUCAAGAAAGGAUUUUCAAGUUCAAAUAUCAUAGUUAAAAGUUUAAAGAAUUCUCAUAGAGGUUAAGAUUCAUUUAAACAGCUACUAAAUAACUUUAAGUUUUAAAUCACUCAACAAGGCUCUAACUUCUUUGUAUGCCAAUUCUAAUCUCCCUUAGAUUCAUUUUUAGCUAUGGAAAGGUUAAUCAACCACCGUAAAUAAAAAUUCAUAAUCGAUCUUUUCACUUCAAAUGCUUUGGAUGCAGUAAUUGAACUGUAAGAUAAUUGUUAUAACCCUUAACAACAAUAGCAACAACCACAACAAUAACAAGAAUCAUCAUAACCAAAAACAUAGUGA